CCAUCUCCAUUUCCGCAAUCAAAUUUCAGCAGACAAAAAAAAAAAAAAACGGACGGAAACUAGGAAAGAGAGAGAAAGAAGCAGACGGAGACGGAGAGGCAGCUAGGCUGAUAGCUCAGCUGCGGAAGCGAAAUAUCAUCAAAUCCCUCUUCCCAAAAAAGCAAAAGAGACGACAGCAUUCUCCCCACCCCCUCCUCCCAAAAGAAAGAGAGAGAAAGCGACCAAAAUUCCGAUUACAUUCCUACUUGGUCGUCGUAAACCAUGCUUCUCUUCUUCUCUCCGGUCUCCGCUGCCGGAAGUGGCUCCUCCGCCUUUUGAAUGCACCUGCCUGCUCUCUCUGAUAGAUAGAUAGAUAGAAAGAAAACCCCAAUAGGCAAAGAAACAGAGAGACAGAGAGAGAUAACGGAGAAAGGAAAAGACCAGAAAGAGGGCGGCGACCUCGCCGGUGAGUGUUAUUUAUGCGGUAAAAGAAAUGCGAGAGGGAUUAAUCGUUGAUGACAGGAGCGACACCAAGAAGAAGAGGUCUGACGGGCUUGGCGAGGAUACCAAGGUCGUGGUGUUGCUCAAGGAUAAAGACAACACUACAACCCUACCCCCUCGGCCGCUGCCGAUUUCCUUACCUCCUCACCCAAUCGCCGUCGGCCGUCCCCGAUCCCAGUCCGCCACUCGAAGGGUCACUCCUACUACCAUCACCAUAGCUUCGUCUGCGCUGGACGGCUCUAACGGCGACGCCACCACCACCGUCGAGAAGCACCUUCCCAACGGAGAUCUCUACCUCGGAUCCUUCGCCGGCAACGCCCCUCACGGAUCCGGCAAGUACCUCUGGGCCGACGGGUGCAUGUACGAGGGAGAGUGGCGCCGAGGGAAAGCCUCCGGUAAGGGGAAAUUCUCCUGGCCCUCUGGUGCCACCUUCGAGGGGGAAUUCAAGUCGGGUCGGAUGGAAGGGUUUGGAACCUUCACCGGAUCCGACGGCGAUACCUAUCGUGGCUCCUGGAGCGCCGACCGGAAGCACGGCUACGGUCAGAAGCGAUACGCCAACGGAGAUUUCUAUGAGGGUACCUGGAAGAAGAAUCUCCAGGACGGUCAAGGGAGGUAUGUGUGGAAGAAUGGUAACGAGUACGUUGGAGAAUGGAAGGGCGGCGUUAUCUCCGGGAAGGGGGUUUUGAUCUGGGCCAAUGGGAACCGAUACGACGGCCAAUGGGAGAACGGAGUUCCCAAGGGGAACGGCGUGUUCACCUGGCCGGAUGGGAGCUGCUACAUCGGCACAUGGAAUAGCGGCAAGGACUUGACCAGAGCUCAGCAGUUGAACGGAACCUUCUAUCCGGGGAAUGGGAAGGAACAUUGUUUCAAAGGAAACGACGGAGAUUUCGUUGCGACCAUGGCGACGAGGAAGAGAUCCUCGGUGGACGGUGGGAGAGGGAGUGGUAUCAAUUUCCCGAGAAUAUGCAUAUGGGAGAGCGAUGGCGAGGCUGGGGACAUUACCUGCGAUAUCAUUGAUAAUGUGGAGGCUUCCAUGAUUUACAGAGAUGGUUUGGGAUUGGAACGAGAUGGGAUUCACCAGUUCAGGAGAGGGCCUUGUUGUUUCGAUGGGGAGGCUAAAAAGCCUGGCCAGACAAUUUCUAAAGGGCAUAAGAACUACGAUUUGAUGCUUAAUUUGCAGUUGGGUAUCAGAUAUUCUGUGGGGAAACAUGCUCAGAUAGUUAGAGAGCUGAAGCCUUCUGAUUUUGAUCCCAAGGAGAAGUUCUGGACGAGAUUCCCUGCAGAGGGAUCGAAAAUUACACCUCCACAUCAGUCGUCAGAGUUCCGGUGGAAGGAUUACUGUCCGAUGGUGUUCCGGAAUUUAAGGGAGCUGUUCGAAGUGGAUACUGCAGAUUACAUGUUGGCUAUAUGUGGCAAUGAUGCCCUCAGAGAGCUUUCAUCUCCAGGGAAGAGUGGAAGCUUCUUUUACCUUACCCAAGAUGAUAGAUUCAUGAUCAAGACGGUGAAGAAAUCUGAAGUCAAGGUCCUCAUUCGGAUGCUUUCCAGUUAUUACCAACACGUUUGCCGAUACGAGAACUCACUUGUGACCAAGUUCUUCGGCGUGCAUUGUGUUAAACCUGUUGGUGGUCAGAAGACCCGCUUCAUUGUGAUGGGCAACUUGUUUUGCUCAGAGUAUAGAAUACAUAGGAGAUUUGACUUAAAAGGAUCUUCCCACGGACGCACAACCGAUAAGCCCGAGGACGAGAUUGAUGAAACCACAACUCUCAAGGACCUUGAUCUCAAUUUCGUAUUCCGGCUCCAGCGGAAUUGGUACCAGGAGCUUAUGAAGCAAAUCGAUCGUGAUUGUGAAUUUCUGGAAGCUGAGCGGAUAAUGGAUUACAGUCUCUUGGUUGGUCUUCACUUCCGCGACGACAGCACUUGCGAUAAAAUGGGAUUAUCACCAUUCGUUUUGCGCUCAGGGACUAAGGACUCCUACCAGAAUGAGAAGUUCAUGCGUGGCUGUCGAUUUCUUGAAGCGGAGCUACAAGACAGAGAUCGAAUUUUAGCUGGCAGGAAACCGCUGAUUAGGUUGGGGGCAAACAUGCCGGCGAGGGCAGAGAGAAUGGGUCGACGGAGCGACUUUGAUCAGUACACCCCUGGGGGAGUGGGGCAGUUGACGCCGUGCAGGAGUGGGGAGACGAGCGAGGUGGUGCUGUAUUUCGGGGUCAUCGACAUAUUGCAGGACUACGAUAUCAGCAAGAAGCUGGAGCAUGCUUACAAGUCGUGGCAAGUCGAUCCAGCUUCGAUCUCGGCGGUGGAUCCCAAACUCUACUCGAGGAGGUUCAGGGAUUUCAUCGGGCGAAUAUUCAUCGAGGACAGGUAGCAAACAAGGUCUUUGCUUCUGUGUCUCCUUUGCAUUAAGACCCCAUUGCUCUCUGGUUCUGGACAGAGAAAUGAAUGCCCUUAAAUGGUGGAAGAUGGGGGCAUUUAAGUAGAUGAGGGGGAGGGAAACAAUACAUGAUGCGCACCAGACCAGGGCAAAAGCCGUGAUUUGUUAAUUAAUGAAGGCGGCAGGACAAUUAAGGUGGCUUGGCUGGCUGAUGGGUGAGUUUUGGGAAGUUGGGCCAUGGGGAUUGCUUGGGAUUGGGAUUUGGGGAAGGUGAUGAUGGCAAAUGGGCGUUUGUAAAUUGAGUUUGGGUUCUUUCUUGGUGGAGGUGGGAGUCCAUUUCUCCCUUUUCCUUGGGGAUUUGUUUUCUGGUUUAGGGUUUCAUGUUUUUUUCUAAAUUAGAUGGAGGGUUAUUUUGGGAAGUAAGUUUUGGUUUUGGGGAUAUGGUUGAAAAGGAUUGGUGGGGAAAUGGACUGAAUUUUUCCCCCGGGGUAGUGAAAAUUCAAAAGCCGCUGUUUGGGUGGGUGAGAAAUAAGGGGAAGUGUACAGCUUAUAGGAUUGAAUGGAACAUUGAACCCAAGAAAAAAGGGGUAAAAAUGAAACAGUGAAAAAAGGAAGUUGAUGACUGAUGAAUGAAUGGAUGACCAGUUUUUAGUUAAAUUCAUGCCUUCAUAUUUUAUUGUUGUGUUAAUUACUGAGAGAGGAUUGUGACAGGAGAGAAGCGGAUUUCUGUGUUUUUUACCGUCCAUUUCAGUGUUGCUGCCCAGCUGCUGCUGCUGCCAUUCUUGGAAUAUAUAGAGAGAGGGGGGUCUGAUUAGUCAUUUUACACAGUUUUGGUAAUACAUUUGGGUUUGACAGUGAAAGCGGGGAAGAAGGGAAGUUAAAGGGAACAUGAAAAGAAGAGAAAGGCAAAAGCCCCCAACUACUAUUGAAAGAUGCGCUGCCUGCUUGCCUCCUCACUCCUCUCUUCUUGGUCGUCUUCUUCUUCCUCUUCUUUAUUGACUGACCUUGUCCCCCCCUCUCUC